AAAGAAAAAAAUGAAUUUCAGAUCUGGGGCUGAGGUGAUGUCACCUCAACCCCUGUCCCCAUCUCUGUCACUGUAGCGGGGCUGAUUGAAUAAUGUAAUUUCUAUAUUUUGGGGUUAUCUCUUAGUUCUGUUGAUUACCUUUGGUUGGAGGCAUGGUAAUGGAUGUUGAAGCAUGUUGGAGUUGCUCUGAUGUAUAUUUGAAUGUUUUUCUGCUGAUUCAAGAGUCAGGAAAGUGAAGAAGACACGUGUUUAUUAACUUUAUUAUUAACACGUUUUUAUGUGUAUUUUAAAUCAAGUGGUUCAGCUUUUCUUGUUGGGAUUGGUUUUGACCAAUUCGUCUGACUGAUGGUUAGAUUGGAAAAAGAGGACACAAACAAUUUACCCUUUUAGCAAUUCAUAUAUUCUAUACACAUGCGUGUACCUGCUCUGAAAUAUUAAAUCAUAUAUUCAGGAAGCAUCAUGCUGUUUCUUCAAAAUCUACGGCAACCACUUCUAACACGCUGUUUAUUUAAACAGCGAUGAUGUAAUUGUGUGGUAUAUUCGCUUCAGAUUAAUCAAUUUGAAGCAUCAAAUGACUUUCUCUGCAGAAACCUGAAAUCCAGUGCUGAGGUAUUCCAUGAGUCGGUUCUGCAGUCGAUUACAAUAAAAAACCAGAAGAUCAACAAAGAAAAAGGAACAGUUCUGCUGUGAAAAAUGAAAGGUUUCGAUGAUUUUCCUCGUGAUUUGAUCAUCGAAAUACUCGCAAGACUUCCUGCUAAGGUUCUCUGCAAGUUCAGGUGCGUCUCAAAACGAUGGUACAAUUUAUUAACUGACAAGGAUUUGAUCGUGCGUCACGCAGAAUUGUCUAAGCGAAAACCUCUGUUAUUGACCCGGAAAUAUAUUUCGGAUGCAAAUGGGGAAAUGAAUGGAAGCAAAGUCACAGUUGAAUUGACCUCUAUGGACAUGGAGGGAAAUGUAACAGAUGAAUUCAGGGAUGUACUUGAUGGACAUGUUCACACAUUCAUUUCUUGCUAUCCAUUCAGUAUUAUAUGCUGCAUGUACUCUAUUUAUGUUUGCAAUCCUAGUAUUCGUCAAGUUGUUCGUGUCCCCUAUCCUUCUAAUGCUCGUCUAUAUAACGUUGGAUUUGGAUACCUUCCCAAGUUGAGCGAGUACAAAAUCGUGCAUUUGUUGUACCAUUCCUUCGUUGGAGAUGGAAAAAUUGGGUGUGAAAUCUUUAGUUUUAAACAUGGUGAGGGAGUUGACUCUGGCUCUUGGAGAACACUCGGCGAUUAUCCUUGUAGGGCCUGGAUUGAUGGUCACCCUCUUUGUGUGAAUAAGACUAUUUACUGGGGAUUGGUAUCUACUUCUUGGAAUGACAAGUCUAUUCUCUCGUUUGACUUGGAUAACGAAGAAUUUAGCAUUAUUUCCUAUCCCGUGUGCAAUUCUGAAAAGUACAGCAGCUUGGUGUAUACAAAGAUUAUGGGGUGUUUAUGUCUUGUGGGGUGUUCAGCACGAGCAUCAACCUUGGAUAUAUGGUUGCUGAAGGAUGAGAAGAAGGAGAUUUGGGUAAUGGAACAUAGUAUUAGUCUCUUUCCCUCGAGUGUUAGGUUUUUGGGUCCUUGUGAGAAUCAAUGCGAAGAAAUACUGAUCCACGUGGAGCAAAGAGGGCUCAUUUUUUACAAUGUCAAGGAUCAAACUUACAGAGGGAUUGAAAAGUGCAGAGCCAUGGAAAAUUUCAAUAAGCCAUGUCUUUACUAUGAUAGUCUUAUUCCUCUACGCUUCAUGACACGUCGAUUUGAAUAGCACUGGAUAGUAUUAAAACAUAUAAUAGAUGAUGUUGAGGAAAAAAUAGAUGAAAACGUUGAUUGUAUUUUAAAUUGGCUAAUCUUAGAGAGCCAUAUGACACUGUGUAAUCCAUUAUAUAAAUCUUGAUAUACAUGUAGUAAGAUACCAUUUUUUUCACAAGCUUGUAUUAGGUUUUUUAUUUUCUUCUUCCUUUUUUUGGCAAUUUUCCGACUUGUUCUUUUUUAUCUUUUAUGUUGUGUAUGCAAAACACUUUGUAUAAUGAGACAGCAGAAAACUGUGAUCAUGAUACAGUUAUUGUAUCGUUCAAUAAAACUUGGGGUUUCAUACAAUUUUAUGCUAUGAAUGAAGAGAUUUUU